UCGCCUGCCUGCAAUGUGUCUGCAGGCAGCAAUAAAUUAGAUAUAAAACUGACAGCAUCGACAACUAAUCUCUCCGAUAAAGAUCCUCGUGACAUUAGCAACAACGGCUUCAAUCGCUUCGACCCGAAAUAUGUCAGUAUUGGUCCGAAGGCUAUCCGGAACACGAUCAACCCAAUGACGGCUAACGUCAAUAAGUGUGCCACUCUGCGUCAUGGGGGACGUUACGGAGGUUCGCUAGCCAUUGGUGCAGCUGGAGGAGGACGCGGCACCAGCCCGAGUCCCCACUUGAAAAACGUGCAGCAACCGAUGGUAGCCCAGAACCAAACACAGUUCAAACAAUCUCAUCAACAGCAGCAACAACAGCACAUCCAGCUGCAGGACAGACCGGACCGCCAAGUAUCGAACCAGCCUAAGUUGAACAUUUCUACUGUCUCGAAAGACUACAAUCAAUCGUACUCGUGUGCUACUCUACCAUACAAGAAGCCAAGUGGAUUCACAGAAACAACCACCACCUCGAUUCUGAAGAAGGAAAGCAAUUUAGAUAACAAACACCAGCAUCCAACCGUUUACAGCAUUGACACAUCCCAUCAUCAUCAGCAGUCAGCUCAGUCGACUCAACAGCAGCAGCAGCAGCAGCAACAGCAUCAUCAUCGUUCGCUGUCCAGCAGCAACCAGCUGUAUCAGGAGACAGUAGUCGCAUCGGCGUUCGCCAGUCCACCACCAUCGUCAGCCUCUACGGCCACCACCAAGAGCAACAUUUCUAUCAUCAACCAACCACUGCCAGAAAUUCCGACCUCGGCUCAGAACAUGAAAAACAAUCAGCAACCGCUUUGCGCCGCCACGCUCAAUCAGUAUCGAUCGCUGCAGCGCCCGAGCAAGCAGCAGAGCUCGCUAACAAUAAAGGAGCCGACAUCGCAGCAGCAGCAGCAACAGAAUCAUCACCACCAUCCUUCGCAGGCGCAGCAGAAGCCCUCGAUACCGCCCAAGGUAACACCACCAAUGCUUCCGCCGAAGAAUCGCCACAAAGAUGAAUCCACCUAUCAAUCCCGAACCUCGUCGGUCUCGUCCGUUGGUAGACCACAGCAGCCAUUACCUCAACCUCCCUCGCAUCAGUCCUCCUCGUCUUCGUUACAGCAGAGCUACGGUGGAACGGUCGGAGCUGGUGCUCACGUAUCGUUGGCUGCCGGUGGUAGGACCAACUUCAACGCCAUCCAGCAACAGCUGCAGAAUCAGCUCCAUUUCAAACAGUAUCAUCAACUCACCCAGCAGCCAUGGCAGCGAGAACAGCUGCCCACGCAAAACGCUGGCUAUUCGAGCCACGAGCAGCGCACACACGAUCAAAAAUCAAGUCGAAAUAGAUCCUACUCUGGCAGUAGCGAUCGCGAACAGCAGCACCAAAAAUCUAGUAAUAUUGAUAAGCAGCAAAAGCAGAAUUAUCAAACUCUGCCCAAAAAUCACCACACUCACUACAACAGCGGAUCGGGGUCAAACAUAACAUCAUUCAGUACACAAACCCAAUCCCAAGUACAGCAGGCUGCGCCUCAUCACCAUCACUAUCCUUCGCAACAGCAGCAGUCGCAACCACAGCAACAGUCACAGCAGGCUGUGACACAGCCGCCGCAACAGCCCAAAAGUAUCCUCAGUAAAACUCGCUCGAACGAAGCGAAAGAACGAGAACGUGAGCACAGAGAGCGUGAGCGCGAACGCGAACGCGAGCGAGAACGUGAACGCGAACGUGAACAGCGGGAGAGGAGCGCUCAUCGAACCCACAGUCAUGAGUAUCAUCACGAUCCACGCUCGGAAACCGCCAGCAAAAACCCGAACGUGUACUAUCGAUCGUUACAGCGCGGAGGACUACAGGCCAAUAAUGAUCUCUAUUCGGUAACGGAAUUGUGAGAAAGGUUUGAUUUUUAAGUUUGUUUUAGAUGUGGUUUGGUUUUCUCUGUGGGAGCUCAGCUGGUACUGCUUUAGCAUGUGGGACGUGACAACACAGCCUCGCAUGUGUUCAGGGUGGCGCCAACUGCUUGUCCAGUUCACUUUCGUCUUUAAACGGCGUUCCUUCGAACUGCCCUCCAUAUCGAUUCUUAUGAUGUAGCGCCGCUGAGAAGGAGGAACGUAGUAAAAGAGGGAAUCGGCGUCAAUUUUUGCUGGCUUUUUCUACCAUUCUUGAGAUCCGUAAGCUGAAAAGAAUUUUGCCGUCUUGCGUUGCCAUAAGGUCAUUCAAUGGCCGAUAAAAGAAAAAUAAUUACAAUGAGAACAAGACGUAACCAACCAAUCAACCAACCAACUACUACAAAACAAACAUAAACCCAAUAGCCGAUUUUGGUGCAUCAUAAUGCACCACGUUUGUAAAUAUUUCAGAAGGCAGAAGGGAGCACUUGAUUUGAAUAGCUCAAAUGUUUGAGCCAUUCGAAGAUAUGAUUCUCACAAUUCACUGAAACAGGAAGUCUAGUAGAAAAUUCGGAUACAACCAAAAUGGUAGUGUAUUUUUGACGAAGCGAUUGUUGUUAAUGUUACCCCCGAUAAUCUUCAUAUAAUAGAUGAACAAGCUUAUUACGAACUGAAAAAGUAAUAAUCACAAAGUGAACUAGUGGAAAUAGAAAGCAAAAUCUCGGAAAUUACGAAACAAUCUCAGUCACUCGCUCAUUCCUUAUGAAAAAAAAAUUGUAGGCCACGAUUUACUACUACCAUUCGAUAUCUAUUCACUGUCAAUAGUCAUGGAUGGUUAUCGAUGCGCUUAGUAGCAGCAUACUGUACUGCUUGAUAACCGAAACAAAUCAGGUUUAAUUUCCCAAGUUACUGUCCUUCCAGCCAAAAACAUCAAUCAUGCUUUGAGAACGCAUUCUACCAGGAAUUUUGCGCAUUAAAUUUCGAAUAACACAGUCCUGCAGGACAUUGUGUGUAGAUAGAAAUCAAAAAUCAAAUAAAUCAAAACAACAAUGCUUCACUCAAUUCGUUUCUUUAUUUUGUUUUAGUGCCACGCUUUUAUUUCAUAUAAAAAAUUUUGGCAAUAUAAUUUAUCUCUUGUAUAAAGUUGUUCAUUGCCGUCAUCAACACACGGGUAGUUCGAUAUAUAUUGAAAUGAAAAUAAUGUUAUGGGAUCUUUUAUCCUUGAAGAACAUCAUUCCGUACUAAACGUUUCAUAGUGAGAUCAAAAAUAUUGCUGAAAGUUCAUAGAGGAAUUUUCUAGCAUCAGAAGAGAAAAACGGCUGACAUCCAGGGUGAGAUUUGCCGGGAAAAUCGACUUGACCAUCUUAUUUAGCCGCUACCGCUUCGUCAUUGACUGCAGCUUCGAGUGGGCGGGACUUCCGCUUCCUGACAUGUAUGUCCAUGUUCGCCAGGCACUUUUUCACUGUUUGGCCGGUUGCACCGACCUCCCGACCUAGCGCACGCAGCGAUGUAGCCACUUUUCCCUCGAUCUUCCUCUUCAGCAUCUUUUGGAGCUUCUUGUCGCUCAGGGUCGUCGGCCGUCCAGAACCGGACUUUCUUUCGAUGCUCUGAUAGUUGUCCAAUAGUGCCAAGAUAGCAUGGGUAGUUUCGUCAGUGCGUGUGAAGGUAAACCUAUGAAAAAUCGGCAAUUUUUGUCCAUUUUUUUUAAAGCAAACAUUAGGGCAAGUACGCGGCGAAAACGAAACGUGAACAUGGAAGCUACUUUUGAUACGGCUCUAUUGAACUGAACGGUACUAUGGAAUGCAAAAAUGCUUCUUCAUUUUCAGUUCUGCUGUCAUUGUCAGGGGUGGGUUCACCUCUUGCGCAUACAUACAUAGGGGUGGAUUCACGAUUCACUUGGAUCCCCAAUACUCCUCGUGGAGCGUCCUUCUUCCUAAUCUGGUACUGAUACCAGGCCCAAUUCCAUUGCGAACCUCUUCACCUUCAACAACGUCAGAGGUUUAGUGCGGAUAUCCGCGACCAUGUCAUCUGAAGAACAAUAUUUGAGGUUUAUCACUCCAAACGAACACAAGGCGUUCCUUUCCGGGAGCUACAAAACCUUUCGGUCGGCGCAUGUGAAUCACUUCCCAUAGCGUUCCGUACAAGUUCAAGUGUUAUUGGAAACGGGCGACUUGUAUUCCUCGUUAAUCGUCUUCAUCCAGUCAUUCUUCUCCUUGCAAGUCGUCGCUUCUUCAAAUGUUGAUGGCUCUCCACAAUCGAUCGUAGCUGAUCAAAGCACGUAAUCGUUAAAUCUCGCUGUUCAUUAACCUAUUGUCGAAUGACGGGGAACCCCUCCGCGUUAGUCUAAAACCGCUUCUACCUAGAAUUCUGCUCCAUGCCUGUAUCCCGCAGCAUACACAAAGCCAUUCCCUUCAAAUAACGAUUCUUUCUUUCUGUCACUCCAUUUUGUUGGAAAGAGCAUGGCGCGAUGAACUGGCUCGCUAUUCCUUCCUUCCUUAGGAAACUGUAGCUCAUUCGCGAUGUAUUCACCUCCGCAAUCCGAUUGCAGCAGACGCGGCGUCUUUUCAACUUGGAUUUUGCAGAACGCCGCAGAUUCACGUAGCUUGUCAGAAGCUGUAGACUUCUGUCAUAGAGAAACACGAACAUCAUCCGAGUAAAUCCCACUGGGCGUGCUCACCAUCGGACCGUUGAUGUCAGUGUGCACUAGGUCCAACAGUACUUUCAAUCCACGAUCGGCCGGUUUCAGAAAGGGGGUUCGCGCCAUUUUGCUCCCUAGACAACGGCAUGUCGUUUUGCCACAGUCACUACGUUUCCUUUCUUGUCUCGUACUUCGCAAUCAUUCUCACUGAACAUCACUUGGAAACUUUUACUUGCAAGAUAAGAUAAGCCCACUCGUCAGCUUCGGCAUGCACAGCACAUCCACCACGGCAAUUUCGACCGCAUCAUCGUUGAUAACAAUGAUCGUCCAAUCUCCAAUACCUACUACUACCACCUUUUCAUCAUCAGCCAGCGUUACGUUCAUUCCUACGUCGGCUUGUAUGACGUCGUAUGACGACCUGGCAUCGAGUACCAGAGCCCUCUCACUGGUACACACAUGAGCUAAGUUCGCUUGACUGUCAUCAAUGUACAGAUCAAUCUUAGCACGAGCUGUCGAAUCCGCCUCCAUCAAUGCUUCUGUCACCGGCUCCGGUUUCGCGUCCACGAUCACUCUCCAAAGCUUUCCCGAAUGAGAAGCAUUUCCAUUUUAAAUUUCCACGCUUGAUAGUUGUGGUUCAUUAGCUUGGGCUCUACAAAACGUUGUCCGUCCGUCGUCUUCUUUUUUCUUCCUCAAUCACGGGUAAACGAUUAAAGCCGAGGACAUAGUGAAUGCGAUGCGAUGCAGGCGCGGGCGCGGGAUCGUUUGCGGCAAGACGGGUCUAUGGUACUAGGUGAGGCCGUUUCGUCACUAAGUCGGUUAGGGGAGCGGUAUAUGAAAACAGUACGGAAGAAAGCAGAAGGGGAAUUAUUUCCUUGAAGCGUGAAAGAGACAGACUGAUCAGGAGCGAGCUUCGGCACUAGCGUAUUGUGUUUUGUUUACAAACAAAACACAGUAGAUUUCCAAGAUGGCUGAAGAGUGGUUUUAGCAAGUUGGCCCACCUUAGGAUAUACUUCUACGCGCCUUGGUUUGCGGGACAGCUCUUUUGUUGUCUGUGGAAAUCAAAUGCAAAUCGCCCAGACCUGACAUAGUAAACACCAAGGCGCCUAGAAGUAUAUCCUAAGGUGGGCCAACUUGCUAAAACCACUCUUCAGACAUCUUGGAAGUCUACUGUGUUUUGUUUGUAAACAAAACACAAUACGCUUGUGCAAAAGCUCGCUCGUGAUCAGUCUGUCUCUUUCGCGCUUCAAGCAAAUAGUUCCUCUUUUGCUUUCUUCCGUACUGUUUUCAUAUACCACUCCCCUGACCAACUUAGUGACGAAAUGGCCUCACCUUAGGAUACACUUCUAGGCGCCUUGGUAAAAACGAUGCGAACGCGAUUUCAAUGUGCGUGGAGUUAGUGAUCCCCGAUUUUUUAAAUUAAUCGUUCAUCAGCUAAUCGAAUACUUUUCAGCAGUUUGUUAUUCGAUACGAUUAAUCGCCCCAAAUAAUCGAUUAAUCGAUUAAUCAUCGCACUGAGAGAACGAAUUCGUUAGACUAAUAUUUCUUAUUUGCUAGAAAGCCAUCCGGAGCCGAAAAAGUGUUCAUCCCGCCUGAAAAUCAAUUGAGGGGCUUAGAAUGCAAGGGGUGUAAGUGACUUGAUCGAUUUCUCUUCAUCAACUUUUUCUUUAGUUAAUAACUCAAUUGCAAAAACGAUCCAAUUUAAGUUUGCUAUAGAAUCUGAUAGGUGAGGUUCUGACCUAUCUUCCACAUUGCCAAAUACAGCUGGGAAUGUAUUUGAGGCUAAGCUAUGACCAAAAGAGAUGUAGAUGAAUCGAUCAAAUCACUUACACCCCUUUCAUUCUAAGCCCAUCAAUUAUUAUCUUUUACGCUCCCCUAAACUCGUAAACGAAGCUUAAUUUACCAGUUAGGGGUGCGUCAAAGAUUAUGAUUGAUUUUCAGGAUAAAACUGCAGUGGCCGUACUUUUUUUUCUCUGGGUUUGGAUCGAUUAAUCGACGUAAAUUAUUCGUUCGCUUCGAUUAUUGGCAGCGCAGUAUUCGUUCGAUUAAUAUUCGAUUUCUGUAGGAAGUAUUCGAUUAAUCGAUUAAUCGAACGAUUAUCGGGGAUCACUACGUGGAGUGUUUUGCCGCGAGUGAACGCAAGUGGUGGGUGCCAGACGAUUUUCAUAAAUAUCUUCACAAUCGAACUCAUCGAACGAAAACAAAGAUUGAGUUGUUAAAUUGUUAUUUUCGUUUUGUUCGACGAAUUAUAUAACUUUAUUCUAAUUUACAAAUGAAAGCGUUACGUUAAGGGCUGUCCAUUUACCACAUUCACAGAUAAAAACGAUCUUACAAUUCAACUGUUUACAAAAUGAAGACAUGUUAUCAUAUCUGGCAUCCUUGUGCUGGGUUAUUUAAUGUAGAAUGGAGUGGAAUGAAACAUCAAAAAACGCGCGAUCUGAAGCGAUCAGUAUGUCGUAGCACGCGAUGAACUCCAAUAAAUCGCUCCGCAUCGCAUCGCAUUGCACCGCACCGUGUUUACUAUGUCCUCGGCCUAAUACUCGCGAUGAAGAACGCGACUUCCGUACCGCAAUUUAUCGAAAUUUUCACUUUUACUCUGGGCUCAUUGGCGGACCAACGGCAGAGUAGGGACAACUACGCGGCGGAAACGGGAAAAUCGAAUAGAAUAAAACGUAAAUGUGGAGAUUACUUUUGAUAUGUCUUUAUUAAACUGAACGUUACUAUGGAAUGAAAAAAAUGCUUCUUGGCUCUAUUCUGCUGUCAUUGUCAGGGGUGGAUUCACGUAGCGAUCACGAGUGGUUCCCAACAUGUACAAUAAUCACAAGUCAGUGCAGCAAACUUCUCAAAAAUCUAUUCGCGAGAAUCUCACAUUCGACCAGCAGCCGGUCGAACGAAUCCCGCCACUAUUUAACAAAUCGACUGUCAGUUUAGUAUCUAAUUUUAGUACUGCCUUUCGUACUCCCAUAUUACCGAAACACAAAAGUAAUUUAUUAGUUUGUAGUUAUCUAGUUUAUAAUGAACAAGCAGCACUCGCAACGCAAAAGCAAGUGCGAAGGUAGAACCGAUCGAAACCGAGGCUGACCGCGAACCGGCAGCGAACCGCGAUAACUCCUCUGUACGAAGGAAAGUGAGUGUUUUAUACCAAAAUUUCUAAUUUAAAACGAAACGAAGCAAACAAAAACACUAAAAAUAAUCAAACAUCACAUAAGCAGUCAUAGAGCAAAAUAAACGAAAUGUUGAUGAAGUCAGACUUAAAAUGGAUAUGUAGAAACAGAAAGAUAAAAUUCGUUGAAUUUAGACAACAUAAGUGACUUCCAAAGGAAGCCGCUGUGUGAAUGAAAAUCUAAGUUCAUCUACUCCAUCAGCGUGAGGCGAAGGCGAAAGACCAGAUGGGAAGCUCAAAAUAAAAAUUUGUUAUGAUUAUUAGGGUAUAAGCAAAUAAAAAAAUGUAUGCGAGAGACAACAAAAUAGAAAACAAUAGGAUUUAAAUGAAAUUUAAUGUAAUCUAGUGACAUAGACUAAGACGGCACUUUUUGUAUAGAACUGAAAGUUAGAGUUAAAAAAAAUCAAUAUUUGAAAUUGAAAUAAUAUUAAGAAAAUGUAAGCAAAGAUAGUGCAGAAAGUAUGCGUUCACACAUACACAAACAAAAAGAACACAUUUGGGUCAAUUUAAUCGGAAUAGCAGAUGGAAAAAGCCACCCCUUACCAUACCCAUGGAAAAAAAUAGUCAAUAUAUUUAUUCCACAAAUUUUGUUUCCAGAUAACGUAUGCUUCGUCGCAUCUAUAAUUGUUGGUAUGAACGAGUUGGGCGUUUGUGGUUGCGCGUUUUUAUUAUGGUUCCCCGCUUUUGUUUCUUCAGGCAAGAUGGCAGUGCAAUGUAAAAAAGCAAUUUCUUUUUCCAAACAUUUGUUUGUUUAUAGCUGAUGUUACAUUCCUGUCACAUGCAUAAGUUUCGCUGUUUCCUUUUACUUGAUUCCGAAAAUGAUGAACAUUCCGAAUCUAUCAGACCUAUUUCCAAUGAAUUCUCGAACCGAUGUUUCUUCGCAGCACUGCCAUCUUUCGUUCCGUACCCAGGUUAUAAGCAUAGGCAUUCAUACGCGAGCACACAUGUAAAAUAGAAAUUGUACUGUUUAAAAUUUGAUAACUAGAGAGAAUAACCUGUAGAGAAACAAAAAAAAAAAGAUCAAUACCAAGAAAUAGUCUGAGAGAGAAAGCAAAAACACUUAAAUUGAAAAAUUAAAUCCAAUUCAUGGUGACAUGUUAAAAUUAAAAUUUAAUGAAAUAACAUUUAAAUAAAGACACAUGGGGAGGGAGAUAAGGUUAAAAGCGAAACAGCGUAGACGAGACGACCUCUACCGAUGUAAGUUUAGUAAUUUUAAAAGUUUUGAAUAAUAAAAAAGAACAAGUCUUACACAUUAAGAAAAUUUAACAAAAAAAAGACGAAAAGGUGAAUCGUUAGACACUCACUCAUAAAAAUUCAUCUAUUUUUUUAGGAUUUGCUGUUAUUUUUAGAUGCGGGAAGGUUAGACAAGUGGUUGCGAGGGAUGUGUGCGCUCGAAGUGGGAUGAUGUUUGGAAGUGCCGAACGGUUAUGAAUUAACGUAUUUUAAAAAGUCCUGAAAAUGGAAGGAAAGACAAGCGACAAAAAAUUGUAGCAAGCAAACAAAAGGGUGCCAUCGUUUUUAAUCAGAAGAAAAUGAGCUAGUUUUAAACACGUUUUCCUCUUCGUUUUUGACUAUCUUUUGAGUUAUGCGGAAGAAGUUUCCCAUGUUAUAUUACCCGCUGGUCUUGUGUUUUGUAGUCUCAGACUAGAUCCCGAACCUCAAGCUGAGUGAAACUAGUUGUACAGAUUCACAUCAUUUUUGCACAAGUAAGCAGAUAAUAUUCAUAAGAGGCAAGCAACAUAAUAGUGAAAAUGGCAAUCCGAAGUUCAUUAAACCACGAAACGUACACUAUUUGAUAAGUAAUGAAAGCAUACGAAUGCGAAUGGUGGAUUUAUUCUGCAUCUAAGUGGUUAAUCCGGUAUUUACCGGUUUGCUCAUUCACUCACACACACAUACAUACAUACACUCGUGCUGUGAAGAGCAAUUAUGUCUGUUUAAAAGAAUGUAAGCCAAACUUGUAUUUUUUGUAUUUAUUUUUACGUCGAUUUUUAUUUUUGUCUGAUAUUGGAAAAGCGGAUAAAUAAACAAAUGAAAAUUUAA